AUGAGGGACACUGCUCAAAAUAAACUGAUUGAACUUCAACAUAAUCCCAGUUCAAUACGUAAUAUUUGCAUUAUGGCUCAUGUUGAUCAUGGUAAAACAACACUAGCAGAUUCUUUGGUGGCCAGUAACGGUGUUAUAUCUCAGAAGAUGGUUGGAAAACUGAGAUACAUGGAUAGUAGACGAGACGAACAACAACGUGGAAUAACAAUGAAAAGCUCAUCAAUAGCAUUGUAUCAUUGCAAAAAUGAAUCAGAAUAUCUUAUCAAUGUCAUUGAUUGUCCUGGACAUGUAGAUUUUUUUUCUGAAGUUUCUACGGCCUUAAGAUUAUGUGACGGAGCUAUUAUUAUUGUUGAUGUUGUAGAAGGUGUUUGUCCUCAAACACAGGCUUGUUUAAAGCAGAUUUGGUCAGAAAAUAUUAAACCUAUUUUGGUGCUAAACAAGAUUGACAGGCUGAUAUUGGAGUUUAAAUUGACUCCACUUGAUGCCUAUAUUCAUUUACUCAAGUGCUCGAACAAAGAAGCAGAGACUAAGAGGGGAGUUGGCGUUCAGUCAGGUGAAGAUUUGUAUAAUCAGUGGAGCACUGCCAUCGAGGCUGCUGAUGAUUCAGAUUUAUAUGUUUCACCCAACCAAGGAAAUGUAGUUUUUGCAUCCGCUGCUGAUGGUUGGGCAUUUAGAAACAGGUUGAAAUUUAGUGUCAAACAAAACCUUGGUGUGAACGUGGAUGUCUUAAAAAAGACAUUAUGGGGUGAUUUUUAUUUACAUUCAAAGACUAAAAGAAUCAUGAAAGGUGCACAAGAAAAAGCCAAGAAACCAAUUUUUGUUCAAAUGAUACUUGAAAACAUUUGGCUUAUAUAUGAUGUCAUUAUUAAUCAAAAAGACAAAGAGCGUUUAUCAAAAAUUGCAGAAAGUAUGAAUGUAACACUUUUUGCCAGAGAUUUGCGUCAAACAGAUACAAGAAUUUUAUUGCAAUCUUUUUUAUCUCAAUGGAUUCCUUUAUCUUUAUCAGUAUUAGGUAUGGUAUGCGAUAAAUGUCCAUCACCAAAUCAAUUGACUGAUGUCAAAAUUGAGAACUUACUCUGUCCUCCAAUGAAAGAAUUCAACCUUAUGCCUAAAGAAACCAUAGCAUUGAAAACUGUUUUCUCAAAAUGUUCUCCUGAUGAUGCUUCCGUCCCAGUUAUAGCUUUUGUUUCUAAAAUGUUUCCGAUUAAAAGAAAAUAUUUACCUCAAAAUAAACCAAAAGUAUUAACUGCUGAGGAAAUAGCUAAAAGACGAGAGUUGGCAAGAAUUAAGCAUGCUUUAAAAAGCAGUGCAAUAAAAACAGAAGAUUCAGAAACUAAAUGUAGCAUUACAGUUAAUAAUGAAGAAAAUAAACCAGAAGUUAUAGAACCUACGCAAAAUGAAAAUGAUGUUAUGUUUAUUGCGUUUGGAAGAAUGUACAGUGGUACAAUUCGACGUGGUCAAGAGAUAUAUGUCUUAGGACCAAAACAUGAUCCAUCAAAAAUAACAGAUAGUGAUUUUUAUGUUGAUGAAAAAUGCACUUUGGCUACUUUAAAAUCUGACCAACAUAUAAUGAAAACUAUUAUAACUGAUUUGUACAUGUUAAUGGGCAGAGACUUGGAACCAGUAGACGAAGUUCCUGCUGGCAAUAUAUGGUGCGGGUAA